ACUCUCGUGUUAUCUAACGUAUUAAAGGCACAGCCCAUGCAGUUGAACAGUAGAACGAAGCAGAAUGAACGAAGCCGUUAGAAUUGCUUUGAAUGUGUUGUAUAUGUUGUAUUUAUGGAUCGAAGGAAUUAUACUGGUAUUCAUACCGAAACGUUUCUUCUAUAAAGACUUAAAUGGCGAAGUAGUAUUGAUUACAGGAGGUGGAAGCGGUAUCGGCCGUCUACUAGCGUUGAAACUCUCACGUCUGGGUUGUCGUGUGGUAAUUUGGGACGUUAACGAGGAAGGUAAUCGCGAAACACAGCAACAGGUGAAGAGCCAAGGAGGUGAAUGUUAUUCGUAUGUGUGUGAUGUCACCGACAGAGAGAAAGUUUACGCUGUGGCGAGUAAAGUGAAGGAAGAAGUGGGUCCAGUCACUAUACUUGUUAACAAUGCUGGAAUCGUAACGGGGAAGAAGCUUUUAGAUACACCCGAUCAUCUUAUCGAGAAGACCUUUCAAGUUAAUGUAAUAGCGCAUUUUUGGACAUUGAAAGCCUUCCUACCGGAUAUGAUAAGUGCCAAUCAUGGUCACAUCGUGACGAUUUCUAGUUUGGCAGGAUUUUCGGGAAUAAACUAUUUAUCUGAUUAUUGCGCCAGUAAAUCAGCUGCCAUCACUGUUCAUGAAUCUCUGCACUUCGAAUUAAAAGAAGAAAAGCGUGAAAAUAUUAAGAUGACAUUGAUUGCACCGUUCUUCAUUAAUACAGGGUUGUUCGAAGGAGCUGAUGGAGGUUAUUUUGCAUUGUUGGAUUCCGAAUAUGUUGCAGAUAACAUAAUAUCGUCGGUGAGAUCUAAUCAAGAAGUCGCCAUAAUUCCAACGUACUUCAAUGCCAUUACAAUGAUGAAAGCCUUAAUGCCAUUAAGAGCCUAUACCGUAUUUUACGACUUAUUAAAAGGAUUUAAUGCCAUGAAAAGUUUCGUUGGAAGAACGGAAAAGAAAGAGAAAUGAAUAUAUUCAGGUCAUAUAAUAUAUAUUUUUUGUUCAGCUAUUAUUUUUUAUAUGCCGAAGAAUGGUUUAUAAUCCGGUUAUAAUGAAGAAUAAAAGUUUUAUUUGUUUUACC